AUGAAUUCUCGUUUUUGCAUACCUCUAUCGUCGGCUGUGCCAGAAUGGACGGCGCAAAGAUCCAAGUCAUUUGUCGACGGCCCAUUCCAUCUUCCAAAGGUUCUAUCCCGGCAACUUUCAAGUAGCAGAAGUCGCCCAAACCACUUCCGAUAUACAGGUGACCGCAAAACGCAUACGUCAAUACAUCACUCUGAAUAUGAAGACUUUUUCCGCUACACCAGUGGGCGUUGGCUUUGGGAUGAGGAGCGACAGCUUCGCGACAGAUACAAACGCUUCAACGUUAAAAAGCUCCAAGAGAUCUCAGCUAAAAGCAUAGGUUCAAAAAAAUGUGUCUCCAUGAUCAAACUCGCAGAAGGAGGGUACAAUAAGAUCUUUCGUUUAAUUAUGGACGACGGAAAAGUUGCUAUAGCGCGCAUUCCAAAUCCAAAUGCUGGACCUAAAUUCUAUACUACCGCAUCCGAAGUGGCCACGAUGGAAUUCGCUCGAACAGUACUAGGUAUUCCAGUACCACGAGUAUACACGUGGAGUGCUGUGGAUGAUAAUUCAGUUGGUUCAGAAUACAUCAUCAUGGAAGAGGCUGUCGGGACGCAACUCGAAAACGUGUGGGAAGGACUGACACCUCCUUCAAAGCUUGAAGUCAUGAGAGAAAUUGUGAAGUUGGAGCAGAAAAUGUUAUCCGUGUCUUUUUCACACUAUGGUAGCAUAUACUUUGCGAACAGCGCCGUUAAAGGCGCAGUGCCCGCAGAAAUCACCAGUGAUACGUCUGUAGGGUUGAAAGACAAAGUAUCCAAGACGUUCACUAUCGGGCCCUCCGUUGGUAGAGGCUUCUGGCGUGGAGAACGCUCCGCGAUGGAUAUCGAUCGUGGUCCCUGGUCCAACGCCGUCGACUACGUUAUGUCUGUGGGACGUCGAGAAAUCGCGUGGAUUAAGCGUUACGCAGUUGCAAAAGCGCCUAGCGACCCUCUCGUCGUCUCUACAGCACAAAACGACCCAGAAGCUCAUAUUCAGCUCCUGGAGAAGUACCUCCAAGUCGCUCCAUAUCUUGUAGAAGUUGACCGGGAACUCAUUGAAUCAAUAUUAUGGCAUGAUGAUCUCCAUGGUUCAAAUAUUUUUGUUGAUGGCAAUCGCAUCACUUCCGUUAUCGACUGGCAGAGCGUAUGGGCUGGUCCUCUUCUCUUUCGAGCCCGGCCUUGCCCGAUAAUUGACUAUCAAGGUCCUGUCCUGUUGAAACGACCGGAUAAUUUCGAAGAUCUCGAUGAAGAGCGGAAAGUUCAGAUCAAAGCACAAAUUGCGAGGUCAACGCUGUCUCAGCUUUAUAUAUUAGAAUCGGAGAAGCGUAAUCCAAAGCUAGCCAAGGCGUUUACUCUGGACCAUGGAAAGACAAGACGCCUUGCUGUGGAGUACUCAGGGGAUUCGUGGGACGAUGAUAUAGUGUCAUUUCGGGAGACACUCAUCAAUGUCGAGAGAUAUUGGAAAGAACUAGGACUCAAAGAGAACUGUCCAAUUCAUUUCACCGAGCAAGAUUUAAAGAGCCAUUUACAGGAUGCGGAGGGAUGGAACGAAGUCCAAGAUUUCUUUGAUCACAUAGAUCAUCUGGUGAAGAGAGAUGGUUGGACAAGUAACGAAAGAUAUGAGGAUGCUGUUGCAUUCUUUUCAGAGUUACGAAAGGUUGGCCUUCAGAACUUGACCGGUAGUGAGAGGGAGGAAUUUGAGAGAGAGACUCGCUGGGUAGACAGAUAA